CACCCCCGGCUGAUGAGGUAAGCACGGCUGGGCGCGUGGUCACGUGCAGCGUGACUUAGCCCGUCGCGCUAAAAGAUUCACGUCCACCAACUACUUAACCGAUUCUUCUCCCACCUCCAGCUGUCGCGCUUUCCUCAUUCCCCUCCAAGCUUUUUUGCCCUUUCCCUGCUUUGUGGUGCUCGUGUUGUAUCUCAAUUGUUCUUUAGUGAUCACAUACCCUUCAACACAUCUUCCAAUGGCCACUCAAGUCACCCCUUCGAAGCAGACUGCUUCCUCCUUUGAGAACCUCAAGAUGAGCGACUCCCCCGUUAAGAAGCUCGACUUCCAGUCCGUCGGCAAGGAGAACGCGCCCGCGUCUCUCAAGCCCGUCGACGCGACCGCCACCAAGCCCGUCGAGAAGGCCCUCGAGGUUUCCAAAAUUGCUGCUGCGAUCAAGGAGGCUGAGGCCAACGAGCCCCUCCUCCAAGAGAACCCCCACCGUUUCGUCCUCUUCCCCAUCAAGUACCACGAGAUCUGGCAAAUGUACAAGAAGGCCGAGGCCUCUUUCUGGACCGCCGAAGAGAUUGAUCUGUCCAAGGAUCUGCACGACUGGCACAACCGUCUGAACGAUGACGAGCGCUACUUCGUCUCCCACGUUCUGGCCUUCUUCGCCGCUUCCGACGGCAUUGUCAACGAGAACCUGUUGGAGCGUUUCAGCGGUGAGGUUCAGGUUCCCGAGGCCCGCUGCUUCUACGGUUUCCAGAUCAUGAUGGAGAACAUUCACUCCGAGACCUACUCUCUCCUCAUUGAUACCUACAUCAAGGAGCCCAAGCAGCGCACCUACCUCUUCGAUGCCAUUGACACCAUCCCCUGCAUCAAGCGCAAGGCCGAGUGGGCCAUGAAGUGGAUCUCCGACCGCGAGUCCACCUUUGCUCAGCGCCUGGUUGCCUUUGCCGCCGUUGAGGGUAUCUUCUUCUCUGGCUCCUUCGCCUCUAUCUUCUGGCUUAAGAAGCGCGGCCUCAUGCCCGGUCUGACCUUCUCUAACGAGCUGAUCUCCCGUGACGAGGGUUUGCACACCGACUUUGCCUGCCUGCUCUUCUCCCACCUGAACAACCGCCCCAGCAAGCAGGUUGUCGAAGAUGUCAUUGUCGAGGCUGUCGGCAUCGAGCAGGAGUUCCUGACUGAUGCUCUGCCCUGCGCUCUGCUUGGCAUGAACUCCAAGCUGAUGUGCCAGUACAUUGAGUUUGUGGCUGACCGUCUUCUGGUUGCUCUCGGCAACAAGAAGUACUACAACGCCACCAACCCCUUCGACUUCAUGGAGUCCAUCUCCCUGGCUGGCAAGACCAACUUCUUCGAGAAGCGUGUCGGCGACUACCAGAAGGCCGGUGUCAUGGCCUCUGCCAAGAAGGAAAACAGCGCCUCCGAGGGCGAGCAGACCCCCAAGAACAAUGGCCUCAGCUUCGACGAGGACUUCUAGACUUUUUCCCUUUUCCACUAAUAUCCCCCCCCCCCCCCCCUCCUUUCCUCACCUCUCCGCUUCUCUUGUUUUAUACCCUCCAGUUGUGGGGGUUCCCUCACGCUGUGUCUCCACAUGAUAUCACGCUGUUUUUCUGUUUGUCUUAUUUGCUUUUCCGAAGGCCACGCAUGGAUUAGGCGUUCUAUUCUUUUUACUUUUUGAUUUGUCCUAGACUUCUGACCACACUGUCUGAUAUGGGAUGGAUGGCGGAUAUGUGUAUUUAACGUUUUGAAUCACUUGCUCAUUGUGUAUCUUCUUGUUGUCCAUGUGUCGGAGAGUAUGCUUUACAACCCUACUAUAACGUAGCCAGCCCUAUGCAAGCCAGUCACUCGAGGCUCAAUUGGUAGUCUUCCGCACGCCCACCUAUACACUCCGCUCAAAUAGUCACGACCUGACUCGAAACCACCCGUCCUAACAUCUACACAUUGCCCAGUCGGUCGAACCCGUAACAUGUCAUUGUUUUCUAUGAAUGAAGCCACCUCGUUCUAUCGAACCUUCGCGUCACCCCCCUUCCCAAUGGAACGAAACCUAUCGCUUUCCUUUCCCACCCUUCUUCUUCCCCUUCCCACUCUGACCCUGCUGGCCCUGGCCCUGACCCUGCCCCUUCCCAUUCACACCAGACGCAGACGCACCAGAAACACCCUCCUCGACCGGCGGCGCAUCAACCAUCUCCACAUCACCCCCAGCGCCACCAGCCCCCGACAACCCCAGACUCGCGACGUCCGCACCAGCCGCCAACUUGCCCAAACUCGUAAUCAACCGGCUAACCUCGGCGAUCUUGUUCGUCUGGUACUGCAGGACGAUGCCCGUGGUGGGAUUGUAGGUUUUGAGGGUGAGAGCGGCGAUGGGGCCGGUAGCUUGGGGUUGUGUUGAGGCGGGUUGGGUGUCUGGGGAGGUUGUAGCGGCCUUUUUGGCUUGUGAUUUUGAGCGUUUGGCGCGGGCGCCGGGGGUUUCGGUGGGGAAGUGGUAUUUUGUUGUUAUCCGGGUCUGACGAGGGGGAGGGGUGUUAGCUUAUCGUUUUUCGAGG